GCUGGCGGAAAAGCUGGGAAGGACUCCGGGAAGACCAAGACCAAAGCAGUGUCCCGUUCUCAGCGGGCUGGAUUGCAGUUCCCUGUUGGCCGAAUCCACAGGCACCUGAAGUCUAGGACUACCAGCCACGGGCGUGUAGGAGCCACAGCUGCUGUGUAUAGUGCUGCAAUCCUGGAGUACUUGACAGCUGAGGUUCUUGAGCUGGCAGGAAAUGCAUCCAAAGACUUGAAGGUGAAGCGUAUCACUCCCCGUCACUUGCAGCUUGCCAUUAGAGGAGAUGAAGAGUUAGAUUCUCUGAUUAAAGCAACAAUUGCUGGUGGUGGUGUAAUACCACAUAUCCAUAAGUCUCUCAUUGGCAAGAAAGGACAACAGAAGACUGUCUAAAGGCUACCAGGAUUCCUUGUUAUCUCAGGACUCAAAGUACUUAAUUGUCCAGUGUUGGUGAUUCCAGUGGACUGUAUCUGUGAAACACAAUUUUGCCUUUUUGUAACUAUGAGAAGCUAAAGCUCCCUUGAGCUUUCUAACAAACCAAAUUUCUGCAUUGAAGUCUUAACCGUAUUUAAGUGUUACCAUGGCUUCAGAGAAGCUAUUGUAUUUGUAGUGGGUUUUGGUUGAGCUGACUGUACCUAGAUUGGCUUGAGUAAGUAAUGGAAAUGUUUGGUUUUGUACAGACUUUUCAUCCACUAGAGUGGAAAUAAUAAAUGUAUGUCAAGA